AUGUCAGAUAUCCUAGUAGAAUUGGAAAAGGGCACAGGAGACCAGUCUUUGUCUUUGGUUAUACCAUUACCAGACAGUGUUCACGUCAACGAGAGUCUCAAAGCUGGCUUUGCUAAUUGGUACUUGAAGCUCGAAAACGAGAGGGUCAAUCUGGCAAUUUUCAAAACUUUAAGAAACAAGGCAAGUCCUGAAGUAAGGAAGACAAUGCGAAAGUUGCUACCCCGAAAUGAUCAUGUACCAAGCAAAGACCGCCAGGAUCCAGCGGGAGUAAUCAGGCUGAUAAAAACUUAUCGAGUACCUCCAGCAGCUGGACUUCGUAAGCCACACAAUUAUCCCAAAAAUGGAUCACUUUACAACUAAGUGGGAAUGUAUCCUCAUCUCAUAAAUAUUUCCGUAGCUCCCUUCAGUAGCCUGCCGUUUCUCACCCUGAAACAAUAAACGAGUUGAUCAAAUUUGAAUAUAGCUCAGUUGCACAAUCCAGUUCAAAAAGUUGAGGUUCGUAAAGAGUCUGUUGCUGUCAAAGAAGUCCAAUUUAGGAACAAUGUCGUAUUUCUAGCUAGUAAUGACGGCCCGAUCAAAUUCCACGAGGUGGUCAAAGGAAGCCUUUGCGUCGAUGUCAAUAAACUAAGGAACCGUGGCGAAGUGUUCGAGAAAGUAAAUGUACUCGGCCUUGCUCCUGGCGGAACUGUUGUCGAAAUGAAGUCUCGUAUUGAGAAACACAUCACUGAGUUAAAACGCGACUAUGAAGCGAUAGAAUUCCACUCAGACCAGAUCAACGUCUGGGAUGCUGAGAACCAAAACCCUUUCUAAUUUGAGGCUAUUCACAUGGUUGAUGCUGGUUUCGUCUAUGGAGCCUGCGCGAAAAGUUAUUCUCUUCUUGCCAUCAACUUGAAGAAGGAUGGGUACGGAAUUCGUGGGAAGGCAUCACUACUGACCAAGUACGAGGCAGAUUGGCAGCAUGUUGGUUCGAUGUGUAUCCUUGGACAAUGCUUAAAUACCUCCCAUUUUCAGGAUAUUGACGAGAUCUCUAUUUCGUCUUCGACUAGGGUGCGCGUGAUUCGUUGUGGCGUUUCAUAUAUUUCACUGAGCUCAAGUAAAAUUAAAUAA